AUGAAGCAUAAAAGGGAGGUCAUUGUUGCCAUGAAAUUCAGAGGCCUCACUCCUGUUGUUGUUUUUUUCCUCACCGAAGUUUCCUCGCCUCUUAUCAUCACAUUUUUGUUCUGUGUCAAGCCAAUUGCUCAUUCCAUGGAUUCCAUCACGAUGCCUGUGAUCAGUAUGGAUGAUGUGAACUUCUUCCAGCCACAAAAGGCGCGGACUGUGCCCCGUUCAUCAUCUCCUAUCCGACACGGCAACACAAAAUCCGGAGAUUCGCUCUCAGCGCAAACCAACCGGCGGUUUGGGAUCGACUACCGCAACGGUCGUAGUAUUUCUCCUGGCGACAGGGACGAAGUGGAGGACGAAUUACCUCCUGCUGAUCAGCUACGACUGGUUUCUUCUAGUCCAGACACGUCGAUGGACGGGGCAGGGCCUAGACCAUCAACAUCGAGGAUCUCUGCCAGUUCUACGACGAGUCAAAACCGCCAAAGCACCCCAGAUGAUCCAAUCGUCAUUGAAGAUGAUAGUGAUAGCGACGACGAUAAUGUCAAAGGCAACUCUACCUCAGCUGUCACUUUAUCUCGCAGUACUACGUCCAGCGAGCUCACAACCAGCGCUGAUGUCUCAAGAGAAAACAUGGGUGUUGAAUUAUCCACCCCAAGCAACUUGAGCAUGGUGCUAUCAUCGCUGAGUGGACACAUUCCACCUGAACAGACUGCAACACUCCACGAAGAUUCCUCUGAGGAAUCACAAGACGAUGCUUCUCCUAUCCACGGAGCACAAAGCUUGCUUUCGUCUCCAUCUGGGCAUGGAGAGCCAUCGUCUCCUCCCACUGAAAUGAGCCAAUGCGCAACGGAGGAAGCAUUCCAAGCCGAAUUGCUGUCCGAAAACCAAGACUUGACAAUUUCGGACCGAGAUGAGGCUUUGACAUCUGCCACGGACAAUCAAGUUUCCAAUGUCUCCGUCAACUCUGUCAACUCCGUCGAGAUGGAGGUUUGCCAAGAGAAGGACCUCAGAACGGAGAGCAGCCACAUCAGCGACGAAGACGAAAGCGAUGACGAAGAUCCCCAACCGCCGGUGAAGAGACGCCGGACGAGACUUAGCUCCUCGGCUUUGGUCUCUACGUCUCCGACGAGAUCGUGCUCGUCGCCGCGGUUUCGGCUUAGACGACGUCGCCAGACCCCGCAGUCACGUGGAUCGUCUUGUGGUACCGUGCCCACUGACAACCGCCCCACCGCUGAGCCUCAAUGUCCAUCACGUCGUGACGUCGCGUCGGUACCAUUCACCGAUGCCUCUGAUGACCUGGAACAGAUGACGCACGCAGAAUUCAAGGAAUUUUCCUUCCAAGGCGUUGCGAAGUGCAUUACAAUUGGUGGGGAGAGAAUGUUCCAUUUGGAGUUUUCGCUUCCUGGUGUCUUGGGAGACGUUAGUCUGCCGAUGAGCGCGAUUGAUCAUGGAUCGCCGAAUUCGGGUUCAGGUCCUAAUCAGAGGAGGAGAGUGUCGAAGAUAUCAUAUCCUGGAUCGAGGUCACCUGGCGAUAAGUGGACGCCGGAGGAGGAUGAGAUGGUACGCAGCAUGAAACGCGAUGGCCGCUCCUGGGCUCAGAUACAUAGCGCCCUUCCACAUCGUUCCAAGGGUACGAUCCAAGUUCGGUACUCGACUAAACUCAGGGGUUGA